AUGGCUAUUUCCGUACCACUGCCAACGCCAACGCCACCGCCCAACGGUGCAGCCGCGUACAAGAGCGACUAUGCGGUUGGCACUUCGAUACCCGCCAAUAUCGACCACGCGGUCUCGGUGUCGCUGCCACUCUGGAGCGACAACAUCGACUACGAAGAAGGUCGUCUUGCCAACUCGAUGGAGACAGGCUAUCCUCGCUUUUUCAUUCAUCGCACCAUCCAGCGACUUGCCAGCUUGCUGUGUAAAAAGUUUGCCAAACCUGACGAGGACUGUAUCCUCUUUCCUUCGGCUCGCAUCGCCGAGCGAUGUCGUGACUUUAUGCGCACUCAAUCUACCUGCGAACAGCCACUGCCCAUCCGUAUCGUUCGAUUCUCGAUGCUAGAGCAUUCUGCCCCCAACCCAACGAGUGAAAAUGCAAAUGCUACCGACAACUCUAGCUCAAGCACCGCCGAACACGUCUCGGAUCAGCAGCUUGAAGCUCAACACUUCAAAGCUUCUAGCACCACCGCGCACUACAUCUUUAUUGUCUUUUUCCCUCGACAUGUCUUUGCGCUCGCAAAGACCUUUUGGCAGCACAGUGGCGAUGGUAUCUCGAGCAGACAGGCUGAGCGUUGCCUUUCAUUGCUGGAACAGUCGAAGAACGGUGGUGCUGAACAAGAUAACACGCCGACACCGACCUUGGGCAUCGAAACUUGCUCCAACGAGCCCAACCCUUCUUCCAACCUAGCCAGCUCUACGGAUGACAUUUACAAAAAACCGUCGUCCGCAGCUUCGGCUGGUAAGCGUUUCUACAACCGUUACACGCGCACCAACAGUUCGGCCGCUUCCGGCCUCGCCACGCCCAACAACACCUCCUGUUCACCCACCUCGAGUCUGCCACAGACGCCCACCAGCAGCGGAAUUCUGCAACGUCCCUCGACAGCAGACGCCGACGACAUGGCAGCUAUGUCCGCAAGCAUCUCGAGUUUGUCUGGUGUCACUCCCGCCUCUGUCCGUUCCUCUGCUACCGCUACUGCCACCGGUCACGAUGCCUCGGAAUCUGCCUCUUCUGACCUCGUCACCUAUGUCGAAGAGCGCUAUGGUCGCAACUUGCCACUCACAUCUGCUCCUUCCGCCAAGCUUGCGCUGCGUCGUCGAAUUGCAGGCACCCUCUUGUCCGAUCGCAACGAACAAACCGCCGCCGAGACACCCGGCGACCAGGUAGGCGAGACCGGUCGAACGGGUACGGGCGUCACCGAGGACGAUGUUUUCCUCUUUCCGUGCGGCAUGAGCUCGAUCUUCCACGCGCAUCAACUGGCCAUGCAUGCUGCGCCCAAGCUCGCCUUUGACGCGCAAAACCCACGUAAAGUGGGAAAAAGCGUCUGCUUCGGCUUUCCUUACACUGACACGCUCAAGAUCCUGCAGAAGUUCGGUCCUGGCUGCCACUUUUUUGGCCUGGGCGUCGACGCAGACCUCGGCUCGCUCGAACAACUCCUGGAGGCGCAAUGCCAACCAUCGUCUGGCUCUGCACCCAUUCUAGCGCUGUUUUGCGAGUUCCCCUCAAACCCCCUGCUUCGAUCACCCAACCUUGUCCGCAUUCGCCAGCUCGCGGACCAGUACCAUUUCCUCGUCUGCAUCGACGAAACCAUCGGCAACUUUGUCAAUGUUGAAGUGCUACCGUACGCUGAUAUCCUGGUGAGCUCGUUGACCAAAGUGUUCUCAGGCGAUGCCAAUGUCAUGGGUGGAAGCAUGGUGCUGAAUCCAAAGGGUCAACAUUACGCCGUGUUGAAGCAGACGCUGCACGCGUAUUACGAAGACACAUACUUUGACGAGGAUGCCAUCUUCAUGGAGAGGAAUUCGCGCGAUUUCAUACGCAGAAUCGUCAAGAUCGACAGCAACACAAGAGCGGUCACGAGCAUGUUGUGGAGCGAAAGACAGGGUCAGGGUAGAUGGCCUGGGGUGAUCAAGGAUCUUUUUUAUCCUCGAUACCAGACCAGGGAGAAUUACGAUGUGUGUCGUCGCAAGAAAGCGUUUAGCGCUCUGGGAGACAUGUCGUCCAACCGCUGCGGAGAAGCAGACGACGAGCAACAAGGCAGUGGAGGAUAUGGAGGUCUUUUCUCCAUCACGUUUCACAGCGAAGCUGCUAGUCAGGCAUUCUACGACACACUGCAGUGCGCAAAGGGUCCCAGUUUGGGUACCAACCUCACCCUCGCCAGUCCAUACACCAUCCUGGCGCACUACGGCGAGCUCGACUGGGCAGCACAGUUUGGCGUCGAGAGAGGUCUCGUUCGGGUUUCCGUCGGUUUGGAAGACCAAGCGUUCCUGUUGAACAUGUUUGCCAACAGUUUGCAGAGCGCUGCCAAGGCUCAUGCCGCCCACAUCGCUCAACCGAGCUGA